AUGCACGCAACCUUCCUCUUUUUUCUAUUUGCUCUUGUUACUCUCCACCUGCAUGCUUGGGCGCUGCCGAGCCAAAAGCCAGCACUUUCUGACAAGGAGUCCCCGCAUCUGGAGAAGCGUGAUCCGACACAGCGAUACAAUUUAAGAACGGUCUCCCUCAAUCAAGACAGUUUCAGAGAACUCGUCCGUCUCCUGGGCUACCAAGUCUCAUUCUUGGGAUAUUCCGCAAGCAAGGUCGAACCUCACUUGCAGAACACUGAUUCUAUCCAGUCAAUGAUGGGGCUGAUCCAUCGGCAGAUGUCCUCCUUCCCAAAUCGACGCCAGUUCAUUCCACUAACCAGCAAAGAUCGGAACAUUAGGACCUACGCCAUGCCCCUCUUUUUGGACGAGUUUAAGCGACACAGAGAGGUUCUGGGCAAUUUUGCUGGAGCUGGAUAUGGUGACAACGUCGGAUCUCAACGCGCCUUAAUCUUUGGAGUCCGUCGUCCUAAUCUGCUCGAUCUGACACUGUACCGAGGCCCAACAGGCGGCGAACCUGCUAUAGUUGAGCUCUAUGGAAUUGCCAGCUUCAAGAAUGCUAGGACGUUUCACAGCAGAGUCGAGCUUCCUUGGCAAGAUAGGUAUAUCGCUCAAUCUCUCCACGAAAUUCUCCGCUGA